UCCCAGCAGACGCUGAGCAAAAGUCCCAACUCUUAGCAUUCUGACAUUCGGCACAUCUCAUACCCACCCACAUCCUUCCACCCUACCCCAAAGAUGCUAAUAAAGUCAUUCUCCGUCCGCUCGCUAACCCGCAACCUCGCUGUCGGCAACGGGUCGCAGACCAAACUGCCCACGCUCCAGACAAUCGCCGUCACAUUCGGGAACGACGCAUGUCCCGCAAAGGGGGGGUUGAGUUCGCUCUACGUGAACGAGCUCCCCCGCCUGCACGCCGCCAACCCGCACAUCACAUUCACGACCGCCGAGGAGGAAGCUGAUCACUGCUCUAUAGAGCUCAUGUCCUCGGGCAAGGACCCCGUAACGCUGGAUUUGCGGCAGUGCACGUCGGCUGGGUCGAUGUAUAAGCGGAUCUUGGUGGAGGUUGGGGAGCCGGUGGCGUAGUAGGAGCAUACCGAGAGAUGUGGGCGCAGGGGAGGAUGGUAGAUGUAUAUAUAUAGGUGGGGUGUAAUUUAUGGAAUAGAAGAAUGAAAGUGAUUCUGAGG